UCUUUCUGAAGAGUGCCUAGUAGGUUCGUGUCGUUCCUCAAUCUGAACCUCAAUCGAACUGAAGUUCAAAAUUAUGAUCCUAGUAGAUUCGGUCGGAUCGAAUGAAACAGUCGAAACGGGCCGGGAAGAUUUGAUCGUUUAGAACGAUUUAACCUUUCGUAUUAGUCAGUUCGAUGGAAUCCGCUCCCACUCCCAAAACGGCUCGUUCAAUUUAAUUAGCAUAUCAUACAUUUUACCUACCCGUUCUGUUCCUCUUGCAAAACGAAUCUAGGUCCAUUCCGUUCCCUACUUUUCACCAUUUUCUCAACACCUAGAGCACCUAGUGGGCAUCCGAGCCGUUGAGGUGUUACCUAUCCUACUCCUCCAAUUAGAUAACCCUAAAUUGACUUGAAUGCAAUCUAAGUGUGGAAAAAAAACUUACUCAACAGGUUGUAAUAUUCUUCAAAAUUCGGAUAUCCCUCACAUUAAUUGCACAAACACUGCUAAUCGACUUACUAUAAAAGUUAAAAUAAAACUUAUCAUUUAGAAUUGAAAUCAUUUGAAAAAUGCACUUGUGCGAUAUGUUCAUUGUGCAAGCCGGCUGUUUGUCGAGCAAGUGUUCAACGGCCGAUGAACGUUGGCGGGUCGUCGAGUGCACGUGGUGAUCGAUCAAUUUAAAUUUAUUUCGGUCGUUUUGUUAGCCGGAAACCAUACAGUUUAUUAUAUAUUUAUUUUCUCAAAACAUUUCAUUCAAGUUACAUCAACUAUAAGUUGUUUUUUUUUUUUGCAAAUUAUUUCCCAAACAUUUGCACACAGUUAAAAACGGCUGAAUUUUUCAAACGUUUCAUCGAGUUUUGCUUUCGUCGAUUUCUCAAUGUCACCGUAUUUUGACAGAUGGCCACAACAAAAAAAAAACGCCACUUUGACAGUCGCUAGUCGUUUUUAUCAGGCACAAUUGCAAAGUAGAAUCACCAUCAGCGCUAGUUGCUUUUCUCGCUGGCAAAUUAAUUAGUGUACGGUGUGUAAAAAGCAGCAAAAUCCCUAGCCCAGAAGCAUAUUUUACUUGUCGUGUGUUUGUGAAGAAAUUGCUCUCUUCAAUUGCACGACCACCGUACUGUGUGGUAUUAUCUAGAUCCGUGCCGUGCAUCGUAUACGGGAAGGGCGGGUUCACCGAGCUCGCUGCAACUUGUGUGUGAGAGCGAGUGUGUUUUUGUUUUUCCAUCGCGUUAUCAUCUGCCCCGUCCGGUUCCGCAUCAUUCCGGCGUGGUGAACAGGGGGGUGAACAGGGGGUCUAAAAAAGGCAAUCGAGACCGCCACGGUAGCACACUUCCGGUGUUCUGGACCAAAUCGCAAACAUCAUUAGCGGUGAGCGAUAGAGUGAAGAGGGAAGCAAAAAGUGACUUGAGGGGAAAGAAAAACAAGACAAGAGCCCCCUGUCCGCGAACGUCAUUCUGACACUGGGCCACCAAACAUCAUCAUCAUCAUCGUCCAACGCCACCAACACCACUACUGUAAGCGUACGCUCCCCAUCAUAAUUGGUGGCGUACAAAGAGAGGCUUGUUUUGUCCCCCCACCCGCGGUGUUUGUCACAUCCCUCGGCGGCAGGCGCAUAAACUGUUUGCGUAGCAGCUUCCACCCAGUAGUAGUGCAGGCAGGCAGAGGCGUCAGGCGGGUUUUUGCGAAUUUCCCCCUUUUUGCGUACGGUUGUCUGGAUGGCGGCCGAAAUCAAGCCUGCACCGCGGAGUGCGAAUGACCGCUUCAGCACCACCAAAAAGCCGGAACUGCUCAGCAAGCUCGAGGGAAGCAACGAUGACGUGAACGCGGCCGUACUGAUUCCGGGCGAGGACGGCGUUAUCAGUGUUUGUGAUGGCAAAACGAUACGGGUGUGGCAGAAGCGCGACUCGGGCCAGUACUGGCCCUCGAUCUGUCAGUACAUGCCGUCGGGCUGCACGUCCCUGUGCUACACGCCGGAAACGCGAACGCUCUUCAUCGGGCAGGAGAAUGGCACGAUAUCGCAGUUCACGCUGUCGGACGACUGCAACCGGCUGACGCCGAUCCGGGAGUAUCUGGCGCACCAGGCCCGCAUCACCAGCGUCACGUUCGCCAAACACACCGGCUGGAUCCUGUCGGUCGGGAAGGACAAGUUCUUCGCCUACCACAGCACCGAAACGGGCGAGCGGAUCGGUUGCUACACGUUCGAGGCGAUGUGUACUGCGAUGCAAUACGACGCCUUAUCAAAGUAUGUGUUUGUGGGAGAUUACAGCGGGCAAAUAACGAUGCUGAAGCUGGGCGGCACCGGUGCCACGCUGGUCACCACGAUGAAGGGCCACUCCGGCUCGGUCCGCUCGCUGUACUGGGCCGAGGGGCCCCAGCUGCUGUUCAGUGGCUCCCAGGACCAGUCCGUGAUCGUGUGGGACGUCGGUGGCAAGCGGGGAACCACCUACGAGCUGCAUGGGCAUAACAACAAAGUAUCGUCCCUGUCGUACGCAACGAACACGCAGCAGCUAAUCUCGGCCGGCGAGGACUCGGUGAUUGUGUUCUGGGAAAUGAACGCGAUGCGCAAGGUGACGCCCGACUGGGUCGAGUCCGACACGUGCCAGCUGUGUACGCGGGCGUUCUUCUGGAAUCUGCGCGCCAUGAUCGACCAGAAGCAGAUCGGCAUCCGGCAGCACCACUGUCGCUACUGUGGCAAGGCGGUGUGCGACAAGUGCUCGACGAAUCGCAUCAACAUCCCGAUCAUGGGGUUCGAGUUCGAUGUGCGCGUGUGCGACCAGUGCCACCAGCGGCUGAAGAGCGAAGAGCGACCCUCGCUGGCCACGUUCCACGAUGCGAAGCACAGUAUCGUCGGGAUGGAUUUGGACGAGCCGCGGAAAAGAUUGCUGACCGUCGGGCAGGAUCGUAUCAUCAAGAUUUGGGACCUCUCCUCGAUCUGGGGUUAGUAGUGGCGAUUGGCGGGCGAAAACACGCGCGGCUCCGGUAACGUCUAACGAAGGACCACGCCGCGGAAAAAUUCAAAACAACGGCAAAAAGGCGCCACUAGCAGCGCAGUGGGUUCGUCGGUGGCGGAACCGAAAUGAUGCAUUUUACGGCGGUGAUACAGCAGCGUACGUAAUAUGAGCGUCAUUUAUUUAUUACUAUUUUCCUUCAAAUUUCCCUCCUGUCCUCCCAGAACUGUUAUGUAGUCCAAUGUUAGUCUAUCCUUUUCCCCUACGUGCAAGGGCAUCGGCCUAAUCGGUGGUUCCUAUUGCCUUUAUUCAUUUGGGGGUGGGUAAGAGGAAGGGGUUAAUUUUUCGUUCUGAGUUUAAAUGUUACAGUGUCAAUAUUUCUAUUCCUUUAUCAUACUUCGUUGAACCCGUUUUGUUGCUUUAUGUUGAAGAAAGUAGGUUAAGCUGAGGCAACGAGACAGAAAGAGAGAGAGAGAGUGAGAAGGUACGUUUGCAAAUGGUUUCCUUUGUUACGAUCGGUGUUACAUGAUUGAGAUUGAGACAAUGAAGGUUUAAAAUAGAACGCGAGGCAAUCGAAUAAGCAACUUGACGUUGACCAGGGCCUUUUUUUCCUUCUAUUCAUUCCCUUUUUUCGUUAAAUUAUACAAAAAAAAAACAACAAUAUAAAGAAAAUAAAACCCCCGGGGGCAAUGGGGGCAGUCCUGUUUAAUAAGAAAGCGUGAACCGUGUAAACGCCAAGCCAUUAGGGACGCGAGAGGUGGUACGGGAGGCGUUGCGCGUCUUUGCGACGGACCAAAAACCAACGAAUCAAAACCGCAGCUAGGGUGUUAACUGGAGGGGGGCUGGAUUUCCUUCACCGCGGAAGGAUUUACGAGCGCCGAUAGGUUAGGGGAAUGUACGCGCGUGGGCAAAUAAUGUAAGAAAACAAAGCUCUAGUAAAAAAAAAAAAAACAAAAUUAAACAUCGGUAUUUGCAUAAUUGAAAUGACAAACAAACGACAUAACGAUGGGACAAAAUCAACCACACACUAACCAGAACACACGCGUAGGACUAUAAAACGAGAGGAGGUGUAUCAAAUAGUGUCAGGUGCUUUUAAUGUUUCCUGUAUUGUGUAGACAAUGUGGUAUGGGUUGAGGAGAAAAGAAAAAUCACGCAAAACCACCCUCUCCUCACAGUCCACACUUAUUUGUGGCCACUCACCGUCAACCAUAGAUGGCUCGGGAGCGAUAGAGACUCGUCGCAAGGACUCAUAUGACGGUAACAAAAACUGAAUUGAAAACAAGUAGAGUGGGGACAAGGGACGAGAAGUGGUAAAGCUGCAGCGUACGAAAGCGGGCCGAAUAAUCGAAAGCAAACAAAAAAAAAACUGUACAUUAUAAUCGUAAUAAUAAUAAUGAUUCGCAAAUAGAAGAGAUAUAUUGUUAAAUUUAAUAAUAAAAACUAAUCAACUAAAUAAACAACACAAAACACUCGAACCAAUUCGGCAGAACAACA